AUGCUUGCGGAGAUGUCUCUCGUCAAGCAAAACCUCGAGAACAUCUGCAGCGCCGUCACUGCGUCCAUUCAGCAGCUGUCGGGAUCGAUGACGUCCUAUUCGCGGUUCGUGGCUGCUGUGACGCGCCUCCCGGACGAAAUCCUAUCCGAGAUCUUCGAGCGGGCCUGCGCGCCUUCGGAUAUGUCUUUUACAAGCAGCGGCCACACGUCGUGGCGAGAUGCGUCUUUGACGUCCCACCGCCUCGUCUGCGCGGACGUGUCGCAGGUAUGUCAGAGGUGGAGACGCGUUGCGCUAGCUACACCGCGCCUGUGGACCGCGUUUUCCCUCAACGUGCACAAGCGGACCAUCUGGGCGCUUCCCAUUCCGCUCGAGAUGAUCGAACGGGCGAGCAGCAUGCCUGUCUUUCUUUCAUUUACCCUGAGGGCGAGUGAUUACGAGAAUAUCCCUCCUUUGGCUAUCACCGAUGGCGGUUCCAACAUUGCACUCGGGAAGGUGAAGGGCGUCGACGUCGAUGCCUACUCUACCAUGCACAUCUCCGACAUCCUGGACUGGCUCCCCGCUUUCCCCCGCCUCCAGCGCCUCAGGCUCAAAGGCGUGAGCACGCGCAACUGGCCAUGGGACGAGCCGCCGAGCUGGCUGCGCCGGCUCACGCACCUGCAUCUGAAGCUUACAGACUUGCGCAGCGCCGAGACGCUUCUCGCUGCUCCUGGCGGCGCAUGGGACAGCCUCGUCUCGCUCACGCUCGAGGACGCCGGCGUGCUCGACCCCCUCCCGAUACUGACGAGCUUUCCCCGGCUCGAGGAGCUCUUCCUGCUCUCCGCCAUGUCCCUCGCGGCCAACCCAAACCAGGGCGGCGGCGGCGGCGGCACGCAGCCGCCCAUCGUCGUGCACGCGCGCCUCCGCCGGCUCAGCCUCUGUAUCCGCGCGCGGCAGCGCGUGGCCCCGUUCUUUGCGGGGAUGGCGUUGCCGGCGCUGCGGCGCCUCGGCGUGUGCGCGGAGACGGGAGAGUGGAUGCAUGCGGGCGCGCUGGUUCUGGAUGCGCUGGUGGAGCGGUCGCGGUGUAGGCUGGAGAGUUUGGUGCUGUCGGCGGUGCAUACGCCGUUCGCGCGGGAGACGCGGGAGCUGGCUGAGCGGUUCGGUGAGCGGUGGGGGGUUCCGGAUGUUAGGGUGAACUGGGGCGAGCGGGAGGAGAUGAGGUAUGUUGAGGCGUGUAAGGCGGAUUGGUAUUCGUGA